AAUCGAUCGAGCCCCUCCCUGUAAGCCACUUCUUGUUUCGACAUUUCGACACCGAUGCAGCAUCUCCGUCGUCACUCCAUCAAGAAAGCUCGCGGCACCGCGCCGUCGCUCCGCCGCUUCUUUAGCAGCGAAGAUGGCAACCAACCCGAUCGUCGAAGGCCGGUGGUUACGUUCGAAGACAUCAGCACAGCCACGUACCGCGUCCGUGAAGGCAUCCAACACACUUCGUGCAACUACUCUGCGUUUCUGUCCAAGCGUAUGGGCUAUGAGCUGUUCCUGAAGAAGGAUUACCGUCAAAUGACUGGGAGCUUCAAAGAACGUGGCGCCCGCAAUGCAUUGAUGUUGCUCACUCCGGAACAAAAACUGCGCGGAGUCAUCGCCGCUUCCGCUGGCAAUCACGCCCUGGCCCUGGCCUACCAUGGUCGCAUGCUCGGGAUCCCAGUGACAUGCAUCAUGCCAACUAUCGCGCCGUUGGCCAAGGUCAAGGGCUGCCAAGAGCUCGGCGCCCGCGUCAUCUUGUACGGCGCCCACAUCCUCGAAGCCAAGACCAAGGCCGACGAGUUCGUCGACAGCGAGGACUUGGUGUACAUCAACGGCUUCGACCACCCCAACAUCAUUGCCGGCGCGGGAACCAUGGGCAUUGAAAUCCUCAACCAAGUGCCCAAAGCCGACGCGAUCAUCGUUCCCGUGGGCGGCGGCGGCCUCAUUGCCGGCAUCGCGCUCGCAGUCAAGACGCUCAACCCCGCCAUUCAAGUCAUUGGCGUGGAGCCGGAAAACUGCGCGAGCUUCACGGCGGCACUCGCGGCGGGGUACCCCGUGGACACUACCAACAAGCCGACGUUGGCCGACGGGUUGGCGGUGCCAAAAGUGGGCGCGAACGCGUUCGAAGUCGCCGCGCCGUUGAUCGACCGCAUGGUGACUGUGUCGGAAAAGGCCAUCGCGCUGAGUGUGCUGCGGUUGUGUGAGCUGGAAAAGGUGGUCGUGGAAGGCGGCGGCGCCGCGUCUCUCGCUGCCCUCAUCGACGACAAGCUGCCCGAUCUACGCGGCAAGCGCAUUGUGAUGCCGUUGUGCGGCGGCAACAUCGACACGAGCGUGUUAGGUCGGGUGAUUGAGCGCGGGAUGGCCGCGGACGGCCGCCUCGUCCGGUUUGUGGCGACGGUGCCCGACCGACCGGGCGGAAUCGCGGGCCUCGCGACCAUGCUGAGCGAAGUGGGCGUGAGUGUCAAGGACAUUUACCACGAGCGCGCGUGGCUGCACUCGAGUGUGUCGAUGGUGCAAGUCAAGUGCGUCGUGGAAACAUCCAGCUACGAGCACGGCAUGGAGCUCAAGGCGCGCCUCGAGCAGGCUGGGUACCCCAUCUUGUGGGGCAACGAAGCCAUUCGUAUGGGCGAAUAGAGUCAAAACGAAAUGAAGUUGCUGGGUCCUUCCAAUUAGGCAGGUCGUAGAACCGAGGAUGCCAGGCGAGUUAGUUAUACUACUCGUACCAGUUUGAUUGUUGGACUGAUGACUUUGCUACUGUACUAUGGUGUACGUACUCCUU